AUGAGUGAAGUUGAAAAAGCAUGGAUGUACCUCCGGAAGAGUAAAUACAACGACAUCAUGGAUCCUGAAGAACUGAAAGAAGUUCUCCAUCUUUGUGGCAAGGAUGUGACCAGCAAGCAGAUCAAGACUAUAAUGAAGAACGAAGGAGGUGUCAUAACGUACGAGAGACUUUUGGAGCUUGCUAGGGAGAUAAAGUCGAUCUCACUGGACGACAUUAUGCGAGCCUUCAAAACGUUUGAUAUUAACGGUGACAAUUUCAUAACCCUGACUGAACUCAGUGCACUCUUACAAAAGUUAGGUGAGAAGAUGUCUGCAACGGAGGUGGAUAAAAUAUUUGCUACUCUUGAUGUUAACAAGGACGGUAAACUGGACUUCAAGGAGUUUACUGGACUCUAUGAGAACACCUCCAGACAGCUGAACCACUUGUUAUCUGUCAGAGUGCCAAAUGAGAAACCUAGCACAGAAAGUAAGAUACCAGCUGUACCUAGUUCAGUGUCUGUUACCGAAACUGAAACGGAAACUGAAACUGAAACGGAAACUGAAACUGAUGAAGAUGAUGACAUCGUUGUGGUUCCUAGAAAACAGCCCCUUAAAAUUGCAGAAAAAGCUAAAGCUGUGACAGAUCCUAAAAAACUUACAAAAACAAAAGUCGAUGAGAAAAAAGAAGAGGCCAAAUCAAAUGUUGUGGAAAAGAAAGAAGAGAAGAAAGAAGAGAAGGCAAAAAAAGGUCUUCAACCUAAACCGGCUGCCGAAAAGAAAAAGAUAGCCACCGAGAAGAAAUCAACCGAGCCCAAGAAAGCUGCACCAUCAAAAGCUAAAGAAAAGACGGUGCUAAAAUCUACGACUAAAUCCGCAAAACCAGCAGAAAAAUCACCAAAAGCCUCAAAAGAAGAAGAAGCAGCCCUGAAACACCACCGUAAUGUUCGCGGUUGCACCUACGCUGGUACACGCGGUGAUUGGACCGCACACCAAUACCUCCUCACGGUCCCGAAGAAGACUAAACUUGUCAUGCUCUUAUCACCGCUCGCUCAAAGUCAGGAGGACAAGGUUCUGCCCGAUGUGACACUCUACCUCGUCAAAAAGGACGAUACUUCUGUUACGCUCAUGUCCCUGGAUCGAACCGACGAUAACAGAGUAAAGCUGGAGGGUGAAGUAGAAGCAGGGAGUUACUCAGUUCUGACCCACACAACAAGUUGUAACUUUGUGAACGAGUCCGAUCUGCCCAUCACUCCCGUCCCGGUGAAAAGUGAACAGAAGCUGAGUCCUACUGCUGCGAACGUGCUAAUGAACAUAUUCCACUGUCUCGAUCUGAACGGUGAUAUGCUACUGAGCAGGAGCGAGUUUGAGCUGUUCCAUCUUACCUCCUCUGGAGAGCCGCUCAGUGACUCCAUGUGGGAUGUAAUUAGAGAAAACUUUGAGCUGAAAGAGGAGUGUGUGACGUUGGAGAGCUUCAUGAAACUCCAUGAAAUGGCGCUAGAGGACGAGGAGGGAGGGGAGGAGGAAAUCAGGGAGACUCUCACCAGUAUGGGGUACAACGAGGCACUUCAACUUGUCAGGGCGUUACCCUGGCACAUCGAUGUGUACUCGGAUUCAGAGGUAGAACUUUCUGUUCAAAGUCUAGUCGCCCUAACAGCCAACCAAACUCUAGAACGUAGUGUGGUACGAUGCCUAGAGAAACAUGGCACCGAAGUCCAAGUUAUUGAAAAUAAGUGUAAACUUGUGUGUCAAACACUCCCGUGGAAAUCAUCUGCUGCGAUAAACAACAUGACUGAUAAACCGCUCCGAAUUGAAGUGAACACGGUUGGUUCAGAAAACUCCCUUGAAAAUCCUCCUUACAGAAAACACAUACUGACUGUGGCUGCUAACAAAACUAUGAUCUGUCACCAUUUUUCGCCGGAGUUGAGGUCUAAAGACUUUAAGCCGACUAUAAAGAUAAGAGUCGUUCCUCCAGUGAAGCCGAAAUAAAUUCUGAUGCCAUGUCUUUACAAUUGCAUGAUAAUUUCAACAAUUAGAGUUGUAAAAUAUUUGUAAAAUUUAACUCAACGAAAUCCAUUGGCAUUAUCAUUGAUCAAAGAGCUGAAAAAUAUUUGAGAAGUUGUUUAAACAAUUAAAGUUUAACUUUAAUGUUUAAGGGAUUCGGAUAGCUGCUAGAUAUUUAUUUAUAUUAUUAAAUUAUUUCUAAAACCCGAUUUCCCGGUG